CACACAUAUAAAUAAAUACAGAUCAUAAUUUUUAUCGUACUACUUACAGGAAUAAAGACAACUGCUCAUGCUGAAAAAAAAACAAACAAUCGACUGUCCCCCAGAGUGUAGUGUCGUCCGUCAGCCGCUGGAAGGGACAGUGAGCUCUCCCGGCGACAGGAUGGCUUCGGCUCCACUCGGCUCAGGAGUCGACGUCAAGGAAGAGCCGAGCGAAGACGCUUGCCUGGAGAUCAAGGAGGAACCGCUGGAUGAUGCAGACGAGGCAAGGAACGAUGCAAGUGACGCGAAGGCGAUGGAAGAAGGCCGUUUUCCCGACCUCGGCGAUCCGAGACACGGAGCAGAAGACGUAUGGAACGGGGCUCGGGACCGUAAGGGCGCGUUGGAAGUGCCGUUCGGGGCCGAGGACCGUGGGAAGACGUGCUCGCCUGACAGGGUUUGGGCGACGUGCGAGGGGAGACUGCGGGAGGAAGAGACACGGCCAGGAGUGGAGUCGGAAAGCGAUCCAUUAAGGGACGUUGGUGUACAUACAAAGGAGAAGCCCUACAGAUGCGAGAUUUGCAGCAAGACCUUCGCGUAUAAAUCGAAUUAUUUGAAGCACAUGAUAAUGCAUACUAAUGAGAAGCCCUAUAGCUGUGAACUUUGCAACAAGGCCUUCUCCCGGAAACACAAUCUGGCAAAGCACACGAGAGCGCACACAAAGAAGAAGCCUCACGUCUGCGAGACCUGCAACAAGGCCUUUUCCGAGAGAGGUCAUCUCGUAACGCAUAUUAGAGUGCAUACAAAAGAGAAGCCAUACAACUGCGAGAUUUGCAACAGUGCCUUCUCACGGAAGCAUAAUCUGAUGAGGCACACGAGAAUUCACACCAAGGAGAAGCCAUACAGUUGUGAAAUUUGCAAAAAGGCCUUUUCUGAGAAAGGGCAUCUAGUAACCCACAUCAGAGUACAUACCAAGGAGAAGCCAUACAGUUGUGAGAUUUGUAACAAGGAAUUUUCAGAGAGAACUAGCCUGGUGGUCCACAUGAGAGUACAUACAAAGGAAAAGCCAUACAACUGCGAGAUUUGUAACAAGAACUUUUCACAUAGAACUAGUCUAGUGAGUCACAUGAGAUUGCAUACACAAGAGAAGCCCUACAACUGCGAGAUUUGUAACAAGGGUUUUUCGCAGAAAAAUAAUCUAGGAAGUCACAUGAGAGUGCAUACAAAAGAGAAGCCGUACAGCUGUGAUAUCUGCAGCAAGGCCUUCUCGCAUAAAACUAGUCUAGUGAUCCACAGGAGAGUCCAUAGAAAGGAGAAGCCCUACAGCUGUGAGAUCUGCAAAAGGGCCUUCUAUGAGAAAAGCCGUGUGGUAAGGCACAUGAGAAUACAUGCAAAAGAGAAACCUUAAAGCUAUGAGAUCAGCAGAAAGGCCUCCUCUUAGAAAGUAAACAAAGAAGGCACCUGAGAGUACAUAGAAAGGAGAAGCCAGAUUUAUAAUAAUGCAUUUUCAUGGAAACAGGUUAUGGUGAAGCACAUGAGUGUAUACAAAAGAGAAGCCUUGGGUGAAAUCAAACCUCUCACAGUACCAUUGCCUGUAGCCACACUUGAAAGUGCAUACAAAAGAGAAGCCAAACAUCUGUCAGAUUUGCAAUAACUUUUAGUCCACACAUAUUUGUACAUAAAAGUCACAAGUCAUCUAACAUAUAUCAUCUAGAGGGAAUGAAUAGGGAAGAAUUGUUCUAAAUUUUGGAGAAUCUCAUAUUUUUAUUACAUCUAAUAUUCUUAAUGUUUAGUUCUUUUUAACCACAAACUUUUAUGCAUUAUUGACUUGUGUUUAAAUCUCCAUAGAAUUUUUGUUUAGGUAAACUGAAAUAUAAGGGCAGUCAGAAAACAGCUACCACUGGUCAUAGCAUUUAACCCAAUGCCGCCGGGGAAAAUGAACAAAAAAAUGGGUAUAGAAAAAUAUAGAAAAGAGAGUAUAGAAAAAUAAAGAGUAUAAAAAGAAAGAGUAUAGAAAAAUAUAGAAAAUGAU